CAUGGAGAUGGCUGGUGGUAUUUCAAAGUUGUCUGGAGAAGGACUGAAGAAAGUGAAACUACAAGAAAUGAAGAGUGAAACACCUUAAAUGAGAUCUGUCUGAAUGGAGGCCAACAGCCAAGCUAGUGAUGGUGAGAACAGCCAACCUGGCCCAUUAGAUGAAGGUGAUCCUCAUAAAGACGAUCAUUUAUUUGUGAAGCAAGAGAGAGGUCUACAAGGUCAAGGACACACGGAUUUGGAACAGCAACCAUGUGCAGUGGGAGCUAAAGAUGAAGAACUACAUACUGUAGAUGCGGGAAAUUCAAAAGCGGGUUUGACUGAACAAGCUCGAAAUGCCAUUGGAGUUCUACCAAUGGAUGCAUUUGAUCUUGGUGGUACAGCUGGUGGUACAGCUGAAGAUACAGGAGAUCCUAAGGUUCUACAGAAGGACUCAUACACUGGAAAUACAGAGCCAAGUGCAGAUGUAGGCCCUGGGCCAGGUGAAGUGACAAAUCCAAGGCCAACUGCUCUGGUUCAACCAGGAGGGGUAGAACUACAAAUAGAAUGGUCUGAGUCUGAUCAUCAUCAGCAGCAAACUGGCACUUGUGUUGGCCAAGUGCUUUUAGAAAAAGGAAUGGAUGAGCAAAAGGAAGGACAAAAUGAUGCUGAAUCAAAUGAUGAAAGUGUUAGUGUGCAUACUGCCCGGGCUUCAUCUGAGACUGUGGAGUAUAAAUCUGAUGAUUGGGCAAAAGAUGUCAUUAUCUCUGUUGAUAAAGCUUUGAAGGAAAAGACGGAAAAAGAAAGUCAUGAAUCCAGAAAUGUGGCAAUUGCGAAUUUGCCUCGACAGCAGAGUGACGAAAUUUUUGAACAAACAGCAGGACAAUGUGCUUACAAAGAUGAAGGAGGCAUGCAGAUACUUGGGCAGGAACAAGAGCCUAGUGUAGGGGGGCAUGAGUCCUCUGUCUUAAUCUCUUCGGCACAGGAAAGUUCAUUAACCACAGUUGGUGUCACUUCUAUCCCAGAGAAGGUGUCUCCUACUCCAGAGAAAAAGGAAAAGGAGGACUAUGAAGAGUCCAAUGACUGUUUUUCACAUUCUAAGACCAACAUUCGUGACACCCAGCAGAAGAACCUUCAUCAAGGUGGUACCAUUUCUGCUUCAUCUGCAGAAGCAGUGGGGAUGCAUAUGGUCGAUGAUGAUGAUGAGGAGGAAAAGGAAGCUUUGGAGUUAUUCAAAAAGGAAUGCAAGAAGCGACGCCUGAACAAGGUUACUAUCAGCACACUCCUUGCAGAAGGCUUUGAUUCCAAAGAGGUCCUUGCAGAGGUGACCAUGGAUGAUUUAAAAGAAUUGCCGGACAUUAAUCGUGGACAGAUGUUAUUGUUAAAGAAAUGGGUAAAGGAGCUGCAGCCAUACGCAGGUGUUCCAGAAGGUACAAGAUCCCCGACGACUCAAAUUGGUAGACCAUCGUUCACUUGUCCUGAGAGUGGAGUCCCAGAAGGAACAAGAUCUAUUGAACAAAGUGCAACCUCUACUUCAAUCAAAGUCACACCAGGUUCCGAAAGUGAUCUAAUGAAAGAGACAAAAGCUGACUCCACUCAGGAAGAUGAUUGUUCACAUAGAUAUGCUGACAAUCCUCCCUUGACUAGUGACAUCAAACCCACCGUUAUCAGUAUGCCUGAGGAGGUAAAAGAUGACCAAAGUCUAUCGGGGAAAGCACAGCCCUGCCACCCUUUUGUUGAUGAAAAGGGAGGUGAAAAGGAAGAGGAUGUGAGGGUGGGUGAAUCUUCCCUUGAAUGUGAACCAAACAGGAGACUACCAAUGCAAGGUCAAAGCACAACACUGCAAGACCCUGAAGAAAAUAUAUACACUGCAAAAGAGUCUGAAAGGAGACUGUCAUCAAUGGACCCGCCUGCAGUAGAUGAUGAAACUGAGGAUACACUUUCACCUCAGCCAACAUUUGACCAGGGAGAACAUGACAGAACAAUCAAAACUGGUGUAUUGGAGAAAGAAGUUGCCAGUGAUGGUCACACUGAAAAGAAAGAAAAAGAAAAGGAAUCAUCUGAAAAAACAACUGAAAUAUCAGAUGAAAAUGAAGCAGCUAAGGAAAGUGGUGACAUAUCUGCAGCAUUGAAUAAGAAAAUAGAUGAUGACUCUGGACAUACUGGACCUAUUUCAUCCAAGUCAGAGAUUAGUCAGGUCAAAGUUCAGGAAGAAAUCAAAUCCCAUAAACUGGCUACCAAUGAUGGUCGACAAGCUGAAAAUGGCCAGAUGGUUGUUUCUCCUAAAUACCAAUCUGCUCCGGCCCAGGAUGGUGAUUCCAAAGGUCCUAGUAUGAGUUCACAUGGAGAACCAAUUGCUGCAUCCCCCUCAAGUGCCCAUUCUGAAGAAGAAACCCGCCUACAGUCAUUCAAAGAAGAGUGUAGAAAGGCUCACUUGAAAGACAAGACUAUUGAAAUGCUUCUGAAGGAUGACUUUGAUAACAUCAAGGGGGUUUCAGCAAUGACCAAAGGUGACAUUGAAAGCCUGAUAGAUAUCACAAAGGGACAAAAGAGGACACUACAAGUGUGGGUGGAAGAACUUCAAUCGGCUUUCAUAGGUCGGUCACAAAGUCUUCUGUCAAUUGUCUCAGGAGAUGAUGUGGAUCGAAAUCGGUCUGGGCCAGGACCAGCUAAACAUGAAACACAUCAAUCUGAUUCUCUAAGAAGACUCAGUCAGGAAUAUGGAGAUAAAUUCAAAUCAGAAGAAGAUGUCAGUCAUAGUAAACUAGACCAAGACAAUUCCAAAGAAAAUAAAACUCAUUUGGAAGCUCAUCGAGGUACAUGCAGUGAUGUGCAAAACCCAAAUGAAAAAUCUGCUGUCACACAACAGAGUGGUGACACAGAACAAAAUGUUUCACCAGGAAUGGAACACAUGUCUGCUGAGCACAGUGACAACUUAUCUGAUGAUUUCAAGCAACAUCCAACUCUACAAAAUACUUCAGGAUCUCAGUUUUGGCAGCCAGAAGGAAGCUCUAAUGACACACCUUCACCAAAAAUAGAAUACGAAGAUUCUGCUGUUCCCCGGACAAAGAUGUAUGAACAGGAGAGCCUGCAAAAAGGAGCUACGACUGUACCGACAAAGGAUUACCUCAUGACUCCUUUUGAAUUCGAUGUUGUGGUCUCAGUUUCAAUGGGUGGCAGGUUAACAACUCUCGGGAAGAAUAUGUGGAGCAAAUUGUUCAAAUCAAAGGAUGAUGUUAAUGGGCUUCUACUGGAUAAAUUGGAAACUAUGGAAAUCCAAUGUGUCUGCAAACCGCACAAGGACUAUGGACCCUGCCAAUUGACACUCAGUGUUCCAGCAUACUAUGUAUGUGAGGAUUUUCUGCAGUGUCUCCGAAAGUUGGAAGAGGAAAUGGAAAUGAUCAUUAGGGACAGUUGCAGGACUAAAUAUCAAAGUUAUUCAAAACUGAAAGUGCAGAUACUUGUAUCUGAACAACAAUAUCUACUGAGGAACUGUGGCAAUCACUUUUCUUGCAAUACCACAUCUCGGAAUAAUACCAAAAUGUCUAAGGACCAGCUACCAGUCCUUUUCAUGCUGGCAUUGCCCAAUGAGCGACGAAAUGUACACGAAGUUAGCCUAGCCAUUUAUUGGAAAACGGAAGUGUUAAAAACUGUGUUUAAUCACUCAAAGAAUCUUUGGUGGAUUCUGAUGCCUUUUCCUAGUCAACACCCUUCCACUUUCUUCUACUCGUUUGUAGUGAACAACAGAUAUCUUAAAGGAGAACAUAAUUUGUGGCAAGAUGAGCAAUUUGGACGUGGAAUUGCAUUAUGUGUAGAUAAUGUUUCUGGAGUUCUGAAAACAGAGAACAAACUUGCUUUACUUUCGAUCUAUGAUUUCUUCCUGGAACAAGCAAAGUCAGAUGAAGCACCAACACUGUCAGAGUUGUUAUCCUGGUGCGAAGUGGUUCAUAGAAAAGUUGUUGUGCAGUUAUAUAACAGUGACGGAGUCGUGUUGGACUGGCUGUAUCACCAUAAGCUCGAUUUGUCCAAAGUAGAUUGUGAGAGUACAUUUGUCAAAGUACAUUGUGCUCUGAUGUUCACAAUCAUAGUAAGGUUGGGCCUGGUUGAUAGCGCUGUUGGAAAACUUGGACACAAGUGGUUUCAAAAUCUGCUUCAGCAAGUUAUGCGUGUCAAUCAACAUGAACUUACUACUGGUUUCUUAGAUUUGUUCAAAAGCCUUUGUACAGGAUGGUACUUUCAGUAUCUUGAUGGAGAUACAUACUUUCAUCAAGUCUUCUACUUCUACCCACUUGUACCAUCAAAGAAUUGGAAGAAACUAGAUGGCUUUUCACAAGAUGCUGUUGCUGAGGAUUCCAUAGUAGAAGAGGCCUUUCAAAAAGCAUGUGCUCCAUCUGUGUUGAUCUCUGAUGCAGAUCGCAACGGUGUUAUUAAUACACUUAUUAGUGCACUGCCAACACGCCGUGAUCACCUCUACGUUGAGACCAUACUGCAGUUGAAACAGUGUUUAGAUUCAAUCGACCUAAGACCUCCUAAAGCUCUGACGAAAAUAUGCUGUACAUUCUCAUCCAAGAUUCAUUGCUGGUUGAAACAUUUCCUUAGGGAAAUACCUCCCUCUGCAAUGUUAGAGCUGUAUAAAAAACUAAAGAAACAUAGUCUUGUAGAGCGAAAGACUGAAGACUUCUUUCUAUUGUGUGCAAGUAAUAGUAUCGGCAAGAAUCCAGACUCAAAAGUGGUGCUUGAAUUAAAAACUCUCAUUAAGCUGCUGAAUUGCACUGAUCAUCACUUACGUCUCAAGUUAGUUGUUGACUUGUUUAAUUCACAAUGCGAGUUAUUUUACAAUCUGGCUAUGGACAUACUGAAAAACAUUGCCUUUAACGAAAUUGGUGAUAAGGGGGUAACCAUGGAGAACAUAGCUACUUCUUGGUUUUCAAGUAUUGAAAGCAGGUACCUAGGACAGCCUUUCGGGAAGGAAGUGUUCAUCACCCUGUGCAGAAAACUCGCUGACAUCACUGAACUUCUAUCUGAUGAGAAAGUGAAAGUGUUUCUAACAAAGGAAGUUUCGGAAGUGCUGCGUGACAAAAAGCAAGUGGUAGUACAGACAUUUGCUGACAUGUGUCAACAGAGCUCGGAUGUCCAGAGAUGGUACAAGGACUGUCUGGAGGCUAUCUUCAGUGGGUCUGAAGUGAAAAACCCGGAUGAUCUUCUUGAUUGCAUGCUCCAGUGUGAUGGUCCACUUGAGAUAAAAAGCAAGUUUGCUGCUGAUUGCUACAAAUUCUUUUUGCAUUUGGUGAGUUUCCCUGGUGAGAAGAUCAUGCAAGAAAAGAAAAUCACCUCAAUCUUGAAGAAUCUUAGAUUUUGGCACAAGAUAAUCCUCUGUGAGGGUGACAUGGCAAGUCAUAUUCAUCAAGAACCUGUCACAGUUGUCGUUAAAGAUGCAGUGGUGCAUCUGUUCAAUUGUGCAAAAGAAUUUGAAAUUGAUUUGGAUUUAUGCCAAAAAAUUCUUCGAAUGGAAUCAAAACCAAAAGAGAUGCUGAUUAAAUUGAUCGUUCGCAUACUUCAGGAAAGGAAGGACCGCAAUAUGAAUGUGGAUUCAAGUGAUGUGAAGGGACUUUUGGAUCAACUAUUCAUGAACACACAAUAUAUAAAUUGUCAGUUCUCAGAGAUUGAAACUAUAAUUGUGGACUUUGUACCCAAAAUAAAGUGUGACAUUAUUGUCGAAGGUCUGGCGGAAGCUGAGAAAACUGUUACUGAUCUGAAAAAAUUCUUAAAUCAAGAAAAAUGUAAGAGCUUGAAAGAAGCUAUCAGUUGUGUUAGGAUUCCUGCGGACAAGUACAAUCUCUGUAAUCCUGAUCUACCUAUACUGCUUGAAGUCAUAGAGUCAAUUAUCUAUCAGAGAAUCUGUUGCAGUAUCCUGGACAAAAUGUCCUCACCAGUGCACAUUAAAGACAUUAUCAAGAUAGCAUGUACAGAUGGUUGGGACAAGUAUAGAAGUCUGUUUUUAGUACAAGAUGCAAUCCUCCUUGAAGAUGCUAAAUCCUGGUUGAAAGGUGUUGCCAUAACGGAAGAAAUGGGCAUUGCUUCAAAGGUUUUGAAAGAUCAUCGCUUAGAACGAACCAUGCAGAUAUCUUUCCUAGAUUUCCUUUCACAAUUUGAAAGAAGACAUCAGUGUCUUUCCUGCUUGAAAGAGCUUAUAGUUCAGCUUGGAGUAGAAAAAUUUACCUGCGACGAGUAUGCAGAACUUUGUAACAGGCUUUUAGAUUUCAAGGAAAGUUCAACAGAACAUCCUAUGACAGAAUUGCAAAAGCUCCAUGGAGCCGUAUCUGAAGUCAUUGGAUCUGUUGCACCUAAAGAGUGGGAUGUCAUAGCAGAGAUCAAGUCUGCUUGGCCGAUGUUUUUGUUCAUCAAAGAAAGAAAGAAUGAUGAUUUCAGGUUUCUUAUUGAUGCAGUAGUUGAUGCUGAGCAACAGGUAAAUCCAAAGACUGUCAGAUAUUUUGAUCGCCUUCACCAGUUUGUUAAGUCAAUUGUGAACGAGGAUUAUGGAAAGAACAUUCAGAAAUUCUCACAGAAGCUAUGUUAUGAGAAUGACAAAUCUGGCAAUGAGCUAGCUAUAAUGUUAAAAGAAUGUAGAAAUCAAUUUCAUGACUUGAAGCAACUGUACAACUCGGUGACAAACAAGGAUGUGAUCACAAGACAUGUAGUGCAGCAAACAGUAUGUAGAUCAACCUUUGCUUUCAGCAUGAAAGGUGAUGGCCAUUGUUCUUUUGCAGUAAACUAUCGAGGGCCAAAAAGAGAGAAAGAAGUCACUCAUCAACAGUCACAAAUGGUUGAAUACCGUAGCAGAGCAUUUCUUCUUCAGAGUUCAUCUGAAGGAAAAUAUGUCCCUGAUGCUGAAGAGCAGGCACAAUUGACUGAAAGAUACAAGACCUUUGUUAAGUGUAUUACAGAUGCAGUAGACAUAUGCAAGCUAUGUGCGAAACUCUUCAGUAGUGGCUGCUUUAAUUACCAGACAUUCGAAUGGAAGGCAAAGGUCAAGGAAAGGAAAGAUUCAGAUUUGGAGGAAAAACGCAAAGAUCUUGAAAAGGACUUCAAGAAUUGGAGUUCUAUUCUAGAACAAGCAAGGCUGGAGUACUAUUUCCUUAACUUUGUGUAUGCUGAUCAACUUUGGACAUUGUACAACUUCUUUUCCACUGGAAAACCAACCAGUAAACUCAACGAUAUUUUCAAAUUUAUCAGCCCCCAGGUGGAAGUGAAUAAUGCUGACAUAUGGAAAAAACACCACAUUGAUUGUGAAGAUUCAAAUUGGAAGAAGGUUGUAACAGCAUUAGGGAACAACCUCUGCAAAAUAUUCUCAAAACAAACCUCUCCUUCACAUCCCAUGCCAAAGCCUCCAGAAGAUUCAUUAAAAAUGUCCCAAGGCCAAGAGACUCCCGCAGUAGUAAACCAAGGCGACUUUCUAGUUGUGCGUUUGCAUAAGGACAGUUGCUAUGUUGUGCAAACAAUACUGAACCUGUAUCAACAGACAACUGGACACUAUCCAGAACCUUUUCAGAUUCUAAUGUGUACAUCAGAGACUAGCGAAGAAGAAGUUGGACUUUUUCUUCGAAGAUGCAUCAACAGUUAUUCUGUGAAGCAAGAUGACUGCCUCUUUUGCAUUGCAAACAUCGAACUACUUUCUCAUGAAGUAUUGUUCUCAAUGGUGAAGAAUUUACAAGGAAUUGCUGCUGCAGAAAAGGCAGAGCAACUUUCUCAUCGUCUUGCAGUUGUAUGUAGAGGAGACCCUCAGCAGUCCUUGCUUGUCCAGUUUGCGUCGAAAUGUAGAAUUGUUGGCGUCCUUCCAGUUCCGGUUAUGGAGUCAUUCUUGAAUCAAUUGCAUCCUGACGUCCUGGUAGUGAAUUCAGAGGUCCCUGGACUUGGUAAAACAAACUACAUCCACAAAGUGGCCUUCGACAAAGGUCGACAAAUCCAGACAGUCUUCAUCAGUUCCAAGUUUGAGAAAUCCAAAUUCAUUGAAGAUAUGAGGGAACGUUGUCUACGUGAGGAUGAUGUGCUACAUUUAGAUAUUUCUAGUGUUUCAAAUCCAGCAUUUCUUGAUGAUGAACUGUUCGAAUUUCUUGUAACUGGGAUGCUUUCAUCAGGCACAAUGCUCUUCCACCUGCCAACCAAGCAUGUGAUGAUAGAAGUUGCAAACGCCCAACUAGAGGUCAAAAACAAAAUUGAAUUCCUUAUUAAUGCUCUUUCAUUUACCUCAUGCUUCCCCAAGAAAACACUUAAGUGGGAAAGUUUUUCCAAUUUUGUUGUUAGUAAGUGUGUUUGCAGUCCAGUGCAGACAGUCUGCCACUACUUAGAGGCCUAUGAUUGUGAACGACUAGACACAAAUGAUAUUGCACCUGCUGCACCCUUGGAUCCUUUGCUGUGCAAGAAUUUAUUGCAGAGACAUGUUGGAGAAGCCCUGAAAAAGAAGGGUAUUCGACCUUCAGACAUGUCUUUCAACAUAGUACAAACAUUCUUGUUUAUGCUUGCGGUGCAGCUGAAGAGGCUGUCUUCCAGUGUAUAUUUCCAGAUUGCAGCCCUGAAGGUGACAGGAAAUGGACAGUCAGAUAUUAAAUCAAAGUUGUUUGAUGCUCUCACUGAUGUUGUUGCUGACUUUGCCGUACGCUCUGUCAAGUCCUCAAGCGAGUUUCAGAGAACCUCCCAAGGUUUGGUCACCGGUGAAGAUACAGAGGGCGUGUCUUAUGAUAAAUCAGUUGAUAAUAGAUUCAGAGGAAUGAUUCACUGGUCGGAAUCCAACCAUUUGAUGGUACUCUUCCAUGAUCAGGAUCCAGAUACAAUCUCUCCCAUAUACUAUGAUCUGAAGGAUGUCCCUAGUGGUAUAAAAGACCUAUUUGACAACCUCAAUGCACCUCUACAAGAUUUCUCAUCACUAUCCCCAGAUGAGCUAUUGAGACUUCUGAAGAAACUCGUGUAUGACAGUACUUCACCAUUUCAGGAAGAAACGUUCGCUAAAAUGCUUGAAAAGUAUGCUCUUACAGCUGAUAAUUUUCAGAAGAUGGUCUUGAUAAAGUGGAAGAUAAAUGCAGGUAUACCUGUUGUUAUUAUGGGUGACACUGGCUGUGGUAAAACAAGUCUGAUUCAGUUUCUUGCUGAUAUAUGUGGUAUCGAUUUUGCAAUCUAUGGAUUACAUGCUGGGAUAACAGAAGACAACAUAUUGAAGACAGUUAAAAAUCAAAAUGACAAAGCGAUGAAACAGCUCCACAGGCAGUUCUGGCUGCUGCUGGAUGAAAUAAACACCUGUGAUUAUCUUGGUCUCCUAAAUGAAAUCCUUUGUUCCCAUACUAUUAAAGGCACUCCACUGGCACCAAAUCUAGUGUUCAUGGCUGCAUGCAACCCCUACUGUUUGAGGAAAAAGAAGAACAUUUUUACCAGUGGCUUGGAAGACAAAAAUAUUUUUGAUGCUAGGUCCCCCUUGGUGUAUCGUGUCCAUCCACUACCAGAAGGGAUGAUUGACUAUGUAUGGGAUUUCGGUUUUCUGCCAUCAACUGAUGAGAAAAAAUACAUAGAGAAGAUGAUGACCAACACGCUCCAAACGGUUGAUUUAAAAAUGAAAACAGAAGUUCUGUGCUUUGCACAGAAGUUCUUACGGGAGAAGGAGGGCAGCAGAUGGUGUGUUAGUUUGAGAGAUGUUCGUAGAUGUCAAUAUCUUAUGAACUGGUUCCACAAGAUGUAUAAAACAAGAAGAGAAACAAAUCCAAAUUAUGAGGUGGACAUCAUCGAAAUAAGAUCACUCCUCCUUGCUGUCAGUUUCUGCUACCUAUCCAGACUGGGCGAUAGAAAGGAAAGGAAUGCAUUCGAACAGGGAUUGAUGGAAAAGGUGCAGUACAGAGAUAUCAAAGGUCUUAUACAUAAAGAACAACUCCAAAUCUUGAAAUGUAUGGACCUCCAGCGGGGAAUUGCAAAAAAUGAAGCUCUGCUUGAAAAUGUGUUCGUGAUGUUUGUGUGCAUUAUUGCCAAGCUUCCUCUGUUUGUGGUUGGAAAACCUGGGUCGAGUAAGUCUUUAUCUAUGCAGAUACUUCGAAACAGCCUCAGGGGAUCACACUCGGCAGACAGCUACCUGAAGACCUUGCCAUCAUUGUAUAUUGUCUCUUGCCAAGGGUCUGAAUCUUUGGUUUCUGCAGACAUUUCCAAGGUUUUUGACAAGGCAUUAGAAUAUAAUGAACAGAACAAGAAGGUCAGUACAGGAACUGAAGACGAGCUCUUACCAGUUGUGUUACUGGAUGAGGUUGGUUUGGCAGAAUGUUCUCCGCACAACCCUCUCAAAGUUCUACAUUCUCUAUUAGAGCCAGGAAAAAGUGAGUUCCCAGAUGUUGCAGUGGUUGGAAUAUCUAAUUGGGCGUUAGAUGCCAGCAAGAUGAACAGAGCAAUUCAUUUGUCCAGACCAGAUUUGGAUAAGGAUGGUCUCUAUGAAACAGGCACAACAAUUGGAAAUGACUUUGCAAAGCAAGGCCAAACAUUACCAGAUAAUUUUGAAAAUGUUAUAAAAUCUGUGGCAUAUGCUUACUUCGAGUACUUGGUGAAGCAAAAAGACAAAAGUCAGUCUAAACGUAAUUUCCAUGGUCUUCGUGACUUCUACUCUCUGGUCAAAUACCUUUGUCGUCCUCUUUGUGAAUGUGAAGAUAAGUCGAAGCUCAUGGAUCCAGUGAGAAUUGUGAAAGGAAUAUUGCGGAACUUCGGUGGUUUCACUACAGUUUCUGAUAGAAAUGAGAUACUGAAAUAUUUCAUGAAACAUCUGAAGGAACACUUGCCUGGUAUUGAACUCUUCACAGCACAGACCCUUGAGCUGAUUCAGGAAAACUUAUCUGACCAGCAGUCAAGGCACCUGCUUUUGCUGUCUAGUGGUGACUCUGCUUUGAGUGUCAUACAGAAUCAACUUACAGCCCAAAAAAUAAACCACAAUGUGAUUUUUGGGAGCAAGUUCAAAGAUGACCAGAACUCUGAAGAUUACCAUUGCAGGAAACUUAGUGAGAUAAUACUAUGUAUGGAGCAAGGAACUGUGCUGGUCUUGAAGGAUCUAGACAGUGUCUAUGGCAGUUUGUAUGACAUGCUUAAUCAGAACUAUAGUACCAUUGGUGAGAAGCAGAUCUGUCGUGUUGCAAGAGGUGCCUUCAGUAAUCCUAUAUGCGAAGUUCACAAAAAAUUCAAGUGCAUUGUUCUCAUUGAUGUUGAGAAAGUUGAUUACACUGAUCCACCGUUCCUGAACCGCUUUGAAAAACAAGUAUUGAACAUCAUAGAUUUGUUGAAUGAAGAGGAAAACAAUCUGAAGAAGGAGCUGACCAAAUGGACUUCGGAUCAUGCCUCCAUUCAUGGCUUUGGAAAACACAUAAAUUCCUUUAUCUUGAACCAUCAUAAGGAGCUUAUUCCUUCACUUGUCCUUCGCGAUCGCUCAACAGAUAAUACUUCUUUGCAAAUGAAGACAGAACUAUUGCUACUUGCACUUCCUGAUGCGGUCAUGAGGCUCUCAAAAUGUGCUGCAACAGAAAAUUUCAUGGAUACACAGAAAAACUACUUUGACUUACCCACCCAUUGUGGUCUGAAAGGACUGAUUGAAUCUGUAGAAUCCCAAAGCGAUUCUGCUAACCUUCAUAGAAGUGCCUGGAACAGUGAAGUUGGAUUUAGGUUAGUAGUUUUCACACAUAGCAACAUCUAUACGGAGAUAGCAGAGUGUCUUGAAAGAUCGUCUUCUUUCCAAGUGGAAAAACUUGGAGCAAUCAAAGCGGAAAAACAAUUGGAAGCUAUAGUUAGGAACUUUUGGCUGGAUGAAACCAAAACGAUGUUCUUCUUGCAGUGUCGAUUAAAUAGUGAUACAUCCCAUCUCAUCUUGGCAAGAAGUUUGAUUGAGAAUAUAUCCCAGGAAAAGAUGAAAAAACACAUGAAGAAGAAUUUCUGCAUCAUUGUCCAUGUCGAUCGGAAUGACAGUAGGAUUCAGACAGAGACUCACUGCUCUGUAUUCAAUUAUCUAACAGGCUGGCAGCUUGUUACACUUGAAUCACUGGAAGUCCUGGAAUGUUCCCUACAAAAGCUGUCGAGUAUGAGUGUAGUUGAUGUGGUCAAAAGCAACUUUUUCAAACUGGAUAUGGUGAUAAAGGAUCAACUGCUCCAUGCCUUUCUCUCUGUUCGUUACACAGGAAAUGGGAGAUCUCCGAAAAAUCUCAAUGAAUUGAUUCUGGACAUAAUCAAAUGCCAACCUCUGAGCUCGCAGUUGGAAAAUGCGGUUUUGAAGAAACUGCAGAUGAGAGAAGAAAACAUGAGGAAGUCAUCAAUGACUGAUAGCAACAACUGGGUUGUCGCAAUUGCUUGCGACAGCAUUUUAAUUGCUGAAUCGCAGACGUUGUUUGACACUCUGAAAGGCUCUAUCACUCGCAAAGUAAAGAGUGUUUUAAAUGCAACCAUUUUCAACAUUGAAAAACUACAUGCAUGGAUAUGUGUUUACACCAAUGACACAGAUUUACGAGAUGUUUGGAUUCAGUUGUUUCAGAACAAAGACAUCUUUGCGAUUCCAAAGGAACAGAUAACAUGUUCUCCAGGUGAUUUCUUUACUGUCAGUGGAAAACCGAUGGAUUUGCAAUUUCCAUUUAGUUUCGUGUUCUGGGCCAAUCUAGAAAAGAAGAUUCACAGUACAUUCACAGCAGAGAUCAAGAAAUAUGCGCAUCUUGAUGAAAACCUUGAUGAUGCAAAUGAAUUAAAAAGCCAUGUCUGGAGAGAAUUGACCAACAAGUACAGGGAUAUAUUUGAUGGAUGUCUAAACUCUGUCAGAUACAAGAAUACUCUAGAACGUUAUCUGAACUGCUUCAUCGAUGACAUAUGUUUGAUCUACACUGGGUCUCUCCCCAUCAAUAUUCCAAAAGAGUUAAGAUUGAGACUCAUCAAACGUCUGAUACAAGUGGAAAAGAUAGAAGAUUUCCAUGUUGAUGAACCUACCUGGUCACAAUGUGCAUCAGUUUGUUUGGAAUUUCUCUUCAGGCUGUGGCACAGCGCUACGCUCGUGUUUGAUACACUGCAUAUGCUAGAUGCUUGCAUACUAGUUGGCCAAGAGCAUAUCAUUAAAACUCUCCUAACUGAUGUCAAUGAUGGGUCCCCAUCAGGAAGUUUAUCAAGCCACCAAUCCUUGGGAACUUCCUCAGAAUCCAGUAUUUCAACUGGAACCUAUUCUAAGACAUCCGAUUCUACACAAGGUGGAAUUGAUGAUCUGGUGGAAGGAGAAAACAAUGUGUACAAGAACACAAGCAGUGAUCUGCCUGAGCUCUCGCCAAGUAAACAAGCAUUUAAACACUCUACAGACAUGUCAGAAAAUAAGAGAUUGUUUACUGACCAAUUGGUAAAUGAAGUGUGCCUAAAAUUCAUGCCCACACGACAGUUACUUGAGCAAUGCAAAGGAAUCAGAUCUUGGCAAAAUCAGACUGGCAAAAUCCUCUCGGUAGCAAGCAGAAUAGGAUGGUCUGUUCCAGCACUACACAUGCUCCGUGUAUGUAAUGACUUUGCCUCCUUACUUGUGAUUAUUCAUCACCCUGUCCAAGAACCUCUGGUGAGACUGGCAGAAAAGGCUAUUAAGGAUGAAGCUCAAAGUUUAGGAAGUGAGGAGUUGUAUGAGCUCAUAGAAUGUUUACUGCAGACACUUAAAUCCUCAACCAACUUGGAAGGCAUCCAUCGAUUCCGAUGCUUGUACUUCGGACGUUGUUUGGAUGCCCGAGAUGACUCUAAGAUGCUUGCAGCUAUCCUUAGAUACACACUGAAUAGAGAGUUUCAAGUGAACUAUUUUGGACCUGUUUUGUACAGAUGUAUUAAACCAUUUGAAUCAGUUCUUUGUGAUGUAGAUGCAGUGAUCAACGACCGAAAUUAUCUUGAUGAACAUUCUACUCUCCAAGCCAUGGAUAGCCACCUUGCACUAGUAAAGCUAUCAGAAGAAAACAGUCCUGGGAUGCAAUUUGCCGUUCUUUGCUGUGAUUUCAUGGAAUAUGCAGUUAUGCAGAGUGAUGACAUGAAGUUAAAUCCAGAGGAUUUGAUGCGCAUUUCUUCUGAGAAUGAUUCUUUGAAUGUGUUGCUCUCGAAGAUAGCUGAGGUCUUGUAUGAUGCUAAGGAAUGCUCAUUGAAAUUCAUAUGUUGUGUAGCAUUUGCACGUGUAUUUCUCCGAGCAGUAGCUGAAAUGCUGAGUGGUGAUUCAGUAGAGAUUGAACAUGAAGGGACAAGAGGUCUUGUUCACAGUGCAUCCAAAUUGUUCUAUACCGAAGAAGAUUGCAUGAAGGAACGCAUCCAUUUCACCACCGGCUACAUUCUUCGGGCUCUCUAUGAUUCAUCUGACUAUGAUCAUCUACAGAAAGUGUGCUCUCAAAAUCUGAAAAGCAACAUAGCUGCCAUAGAAUCAAUGGAAUGGCCGGAUGAUGCGGGAUGGAAUAUCAUUGGAUUCAAUCCAUUCACGAACUUGCCAUUUGACAAAGAAGCUACAGAGGCAUUGGACAGUUUAGUCCACCAUGACCAUGAUACUCGUCAUAUGAAGGAAUACCUCAGUGAUUCUAAUCCUGACAAAAAAGAGUCUUUACUCUCCAUAUUGAUGGAAAGGAUGUACUUAAGUCGCAGAAAGAUUCCGCCAACUGAGGAUGAGAAAGAGGCAGCACGACUGCUUGAAGAGUUGAUGAGGGAACAUGACCUACCCAUAUCCUAUCAAAUUGUAGCUAACUGUCUUACAGGGCAUGUCAGCUGUAAACAACUAGAAGUUACUGCAAACAUAAAAGAAUUGAGAAUUAAGGUGCUCUGGUUGCAUGUUCUGAGCAUCAUUGUUUCCCGGGACAGUUUCCUUGCUUUACUUGCAAAUGAUCCUGCCAGAAGUAACAAUUUUUUCCUCGGAAUGUUCGGUGCAUUGAAAAACAAACAGGAAGAGGUCACCAACAUGUUCAAUGCCACAUGUAAUAAAUGUGGCUGCUACACCGUUAGUAAAGAGAAAUUGAUGAAAUGUCCACGCUGCCACUCCCAAGAUGAUUUUAAAAAAAACACUGUUAUACCACAUGUCGAUCAAAUCACGAGUGAUGGCUUGGAUGACCAAUUUGUCACAGGCUGCUUCUCACCAAGAGCAUGGAGGACCACCCGUAUCAUCAUCAAUGGUUGUUUGUUAGGGGCUUUAGUCGUAGGUAUAUGCAAUGCAGUUCAGGUACCGAGUAUCAUUGGAGAGGAUGAAGAGGCAAUGAUUAAUAACUUCAAGCAUGACGUUAAUGCUUUGAAACGGAUUCUGAAUACAGGAGACAGGACAGUGUUUUCCUUCCUUCACAAGGCUGUAUGUUGUUUCAAGGAUACUGGAGUAGAGGUUUUGGAAAACAGCAAGGCUUUUGCAACAUUUGAAAAGGAGACCACUUCAGUCAUGGAACGUUGGAACUUUAAAGAAAUAGAAAUGUACAAUAAAUCAUUGCCUAUUCUUGAUCUUGUCAUGGAAAUCGAAAGUCUGACUGGUGCAUAUCAACAUUUCAUGAGAGUUACACCAAACCGAACAUUUGCGGGGGUUCUGACUGAAUUGUUACGAAGGAACCAUCAAAAAAGUGGUCAACACAAAAUCCUCAGAGUAAUUGUGAGGAACAAAAAUAGUAUAGAUCUCUUGAAGUUUCUGCAUCCCCUUGUAAGCUGGACCAUGGGUAUAGAAAAGGAAAUGGGACAUCGUAUCAACAGAGCAGAUGCAGCAAAGAAAUCGGUGGAUGAACUGCUUGAGGGGGCCGACAAGGACUUGGUAGAAGAACUCGGCAACAAGUUGAGGAAAUUCCGCGAGGCAUGGAAGAAUUUAGUUAAAAUGAAACCCAUCAUUGCAAAAAUGAAGCCAGAUUUGGCAGAUCGCAUGAACCAAGUUGACUUGACACAAAAGCUGGACCAGUAUGUUGUGGAUAGUGAGACUUCUGCACUCUACAUGAUGAUACAAUUCUUGGUUCAGUUACAAAAUAAUCUUAUUACUGAAAUAAUGCAGAUGUCAGCAGUGUCUGAACAAGCUAGCAAUGUUCCAUUCAUGUACCACUCUUCCGAAACAAUCAUUGUACCACUUGUUCCAGUUGAAGAUGUUUCUGAAAAGGAUGUCAUUGGUUCAGGAGAAGGACAAUUUGAGAAGGUUCUGUUCCUGAGUGAGUCUGAUCCACGAUAUGGGCAUGGAAUGCAGUGCUCAUAUGAUCUUGACAAAGUUGAAUUCACCUUGGCGCGAGACCUCUUUUUUGGCAAGUGUUUCCUGCAAACAGAGGGUCGACUUCCACUGUUCAUGUAUAAAGAAGAAUUGUUCUUUUCAUGUGAGACGUUGCUUUUUGACAUCCACAACCAUAUUCAGCAGACCGAGUUGGAUGAAAAUAUCAAGCAUGGGUUGAAAUCUGAUUUAGAAAAAAGUCCAUACCUAGUGCGUGAUAUGCUAAUGAAUUUAGAAAUAGUACUAACACUGCUAAAGAAAACAGGUGGUACUCCAAAGCAACUACUGGUGUCAUAUGUGAAGAUUUGGAUGAACUCUGCAAUCAGUACAUUCCUUUCUAAGCUCCUGAUUCAAACUAAGGACACUAUUGCACUUUGCCACAUCAGUGAGCUUUACGAGUAUUAUGAACUGAUCUAUGCCUCCACAACAAUCGAAAAUUUACCACGCGAUAGAUUUUGCUUAAAUUCUGGAGAAGAAGUGAGGAAACUUGUCCGUGACUGCUUUCCAAAGUUGCAAGACCUACAUAUCAAGCAAGAGGACUUUGUGAAUGCCAUGAAGCGUUAUAUCGUGAGGUACAUUCGAGCAAGAAUUUCAACAUUGACAGGAAGUCAACUAGAAACGCCCCUACAAGAUGUGCUGCUUACAAAGAAAACAUUGUGGCCAAGAGAACCAUUCCACCAAAAUGGCUUUGACUGGGAGCAGUUAAAAGAAGUCAUUCCACGAGAGCUAUUGGUCCGGCAGGUUGGAGAAAUCAUCAAGGAAUGUGAUAAAUUCUUGAAGGAUUCACGAAAGAAAGCAGACCUUGUUGCUGGAUGGAUGCCUGGUGCAAGGUCAGUCGAUGGGGCCAAGAAAAAGAAAUCAACGAAAGUUGACAUGUAACACAACAACCGUUGCCCAAAUAUGCAAACCAUCCUCAGGCAGAUUGAUAUUAUGGUUAACAGGCACUAGUUAAGAGAAGGAAAAAAGACUUUGACACUUAAAUUGAGUAUUGACAGUAGAGAUUCUAAUGACUGUUUGGUCUCAGACAAAAUUAUGUCUUCAUGCCCAGGUUGUGUCAAGAAGUGCAUCAAACAUUCUCUAAGUUGUAGCUUUUUCUAGUGUAUAUUUGAUUGACUCUCAAUGUACUUAUAGCUCAUGAUUGAGGGAUGAUGAUUUGCCAAACAUGUAUAGCAGCUUCCCUAUGAACCAAAUUUCCUGCUAAAUAUUUGGACAAGAACAUAACUUUUGAACUGAUCAGUAAAGAUCGAACUAAAGUUUAAACAAUGGGCUAAAAAUGCUGCGAAGUAAGAUAUGCAGUUUAGCACACUAUCAGCUAAGAGAAAGUGGUACUGAUUUUUAUGCAUGCCACCUAUUAUUUUAAUGGCUUAUCAUCAAUCCUUGAUUAUAUCCAGAGGACUUAUAGUACUUCCAGUCGUUCGCAGGUAUGAAAUAUACCAACAUAUUAUUCCCUGGUGUAUAGUUUAGAGUUAUUUCAAUUUAUUUUAUGAAUAUGUAUGUCGUCAUGUUGUACAGUAGCAGAUCAGUUUGUUACUGAAACUUAAUUUGCUGUUAUUUUUAUCAGAAGUGUGUAUAUUACUUAUUUCGAGGCUUUUGUAUAUAUAUGAUCAAAUAUGUAUGUAGAAUUGUCACAAUUCGACAAUGUCUUUGGUGGUAUUUGGUAGUAAGAUAAACCGGUGCAGUAAUACUUGUGAUCAAUCUUGGACAAAUUUAGAUUAACUUUUCAUCAUAUAAAGAUGAAUGAUGAAACUAUGAUUGAAAUCUUCUCUUCUGUACUUGCCUUAAGAACAGUCGUUUAUGGCUUCUAUUGAAUGUACAUAUGUAUUUCGGUGGUUUGUGAUAUUUAUACAUUUAAAAAGUAAAACUCUGAACGAAGUUUUAAGUUGUAUACUCGUAGAAAGAUUUUCAAAACCUGAGCAGAAUGCUCAGCUUAAAAAAACUAUCUUAAAUACCAUGCCCUUCAGUCAUGUGCGCCCUUGUUGGCUUGCAUAAUUCACCUAAUCCAAACCAUUGCUAUAUUGGUUUGUGCAAAUGACUGGACAUGUAUUUUUAAAAGGUGAACUGCACGAGUUCCCAAGCUUGGUUGUUGUGUAUAUUUGCAGUUGUUGCAGUACAUAUGUAUUAAAAUGUGUUUUUGCUUUGUCAUUUCGUGUAUUCUUUUCUAAUUGUGAAAAGCAUCAUGAGUUAAGAUUUAAGUGUUAUCAUGGUCAUCAUAAUAUCAUAGGUAGUAAAAUAUUUUUUGUCUGUAAAAAGAAUUGACCAGUAUUGGUCAUGUAUAUAUGCAUGUAGCCUUUACUUAUUACUUCACUACCAGUAUAUCACUCAUGUAUAUACCCAUAUAUCUUUUAAAAACUAAAAAAUAACUUAGCAGAAUGUUCAGUGGAAAAAAUAUAAAAAUCUCUCUCUUGAAUACUUUGCCCUUGAGUCAUGUGUGCCCUUGUUGGUUUACAUGAUUCACCUAAUCCAAACCAUUGCUAUUAUGGUUAGUGCAAGUGACUGGGAAAGUUUUUUUUAUGUGAGGAACUACAUGAGUUCCUACAUAUGUUUUUUGGCUCAGCAAUCUGAUGCAAUAUGAUCAACUAAUGCUGUAUUAUCAUUGUUAUCAUGAAUGUACUUUAAUUAUAGUCUAGCAUUUUAUCUGGUAAUAUAUAAUUAUAUUUCGGCAAUUAGUGCAUUGUAUUAUAUAUCCUUGUGUGAAAUUUUGUGAUUGAUAUGAUAUAUGGAAAAAAGUUCUAGGUUUUUUUUGUAGUUUUAGUCAGAUUCCCUUUCUUAAUCUUUUGAUUGGGAAUCAAUAUUCCUACUUCAUGAUAAUUAUACUAUAUCGUACGUAUAGUCGUCUAAUCAUUAUGAAUCUAUAUUCCAAAAACACAAAAAACUCGUCAGAAAAAAAAACAAAUUCGGUUUUUAAAUAUAUUGCCCUUGAGUCAUCUGCGCCCUUGUUGGUGUACAUGAUUCACCUAAUCCAAAUCUUUGCUAUUUUGGUUUGUGCAACUGACUGGGCGAUUAUUUCUAAGGGGGAACUACAUGAGUUCCCAGGUUGUAGUGGUUGGUGUACAAAAUUUAUAUUUUUUAGUUGUGGUCGUACCUGUAUCGGUUGUACAUGACACAUGUACAUGUACUAUAAAAAUGACUGCUAUUGUGUAAUUUUCAUAUUCUUUUUGUUUCAUUUGUGUGUCAAUAAUGGAGAGUUUAGUGUAACAGUCCAUAUUUCUUUUGAGAGUAGGAUUUUUUAACUGUAUGUUAGAUUGUAGGUGCCGAUUUAAGUUUCCGGGUUGUAUACAUUUUUUAAAGGAGCUUAAAAAAUCUGUAGAGUAGGCCUGUAUCGGUAAUGUCUCUAUACUUGUUUAUUGUACCUAGAGCUUCAUUAUAGUAACUUGUAGUGUACGCAUAGAAAGAUUUUUUAAACCUGAGCAGAAUGCUCAGUAAAAAACAAAAACUAUCUUAAAUACCAUGCCCUUGAGUCAUGUGCGCCCUUGUUGGCUUGCAUGAUUCACCUAAUCCAAACCAUUGCUAUAUUGGUUUGUGCAAAUGACUGGACAUGUAUUUUUAAAAGGUGAACUGCACGAGUUCCCAAGCUUGGUUGUUGUGUAUAUUUGCAGUUGUUGCAGUACAUAUGUAUUAAAAUGUGUUUUUGCUUUGUCAUUUCGUGUAUUCUUUUCUAAUUGUGAAAAGCAUCAUGAGUUAAGAUUUAAGUGUUAUCAUGGUCAUCAUAAUAUCAUAGGUAGUAAAAUAUUUUUUGUCUGUAAAAAGAAUUGACCAGUAUUGAUCAUGUAUAUAUGCAUGUAGCCUUUACUUAUUACUUCACUACCAGUAUAUCACUCAUGUAUAUACCCAUAUAUCUUUUAAAAACUAAAAAAUAACUGAGCAGAAUGUUCAGUGGAAAAAAUAUAAAAAUCUCUCUCGUGAAUACUUUGCCCUUGAGUCAUGUGUGCCCUUGUUGGUUUACAUGAUUCACCUAAUCCAAACCAUUGCUAUUAUGGUUAGUGCAAGUGACUGGGAAAGUUUUUUUUAUGUGAGGAACUACAUGAGUUCCUACAUAUGUUUUUUGGCUCAGCAAUCUGAUGCAAUAUGAUCAACUAAUGCUGUAUUAUCAUUGUUAUCAUGAAUGUACUUUAAUUAUAGUCUAGCAUUUCAUCUGGUAAUAUAUAAUUAUAUUUCGGCAAUUAGUGCAUUGUAUUAUAUAUCCUUGUGUGAAAUUUUGUGAUUGAUAUGAUAUAUGGAAAAAAGUUCUAGGUUUUUUUUGUAGUUUUAGUCAGAUUCCCUUUCUUAAUCUUUUGAUUGGGAAUCAAUAUUCCUACUUCAUGAAAAUUAUACUAUAUCGUACGUAUAGUCGUCUAAUCAUUAUGAAUCUAUAUUCCAAAAACACAAAAAACUCGUCAGAAAAAAAAACAAAUUCGGUUUUUAAAUAUAUUGCCCUUGAGUCAUCUGCGCCCUUGUUGGUGUACAUGAUUCACCUAAUCCAAAUCUUUGCUAUUUUGGUUUGUGCAACUGACUGGGCGAUUAUUUCUAAGGGGGAACUACAUGAGUUCCCAGGUUGUAGUAGUUGGUGUACAAAAUUUAUAUUUUUUAGUUGUGGUCGUACCUGUAUCGGUCGUACAUGACACAUGUACAUGUACUAUAAAAAUGACUGCUAUUGUGUAAUUUUCAUAUUCUUUCUGUUUCAUUUGUGUGUCAAUAAUGGAGAGUUUAGUGUAACAGUCCAUAUUUCUUUUGAGAGUAGGAUUUUUUAACUGUAUGUUAGAUUGUAGGUGCCGAUUUAAGUUUCCGGGUUGUAUACAUUUUUUAAAGGAGCUUAAAAAAUCUGUAGAGUAGGCCUGUAUCGGUAAUGUCUCUAUACUUGUUUAUUGUACCUAGAGCUUCAUUAUAGUAACUUGUAGUGUACGCAUAGAAAGAUUUUUUAAACCUGAGCAGAAUGCUCAGUAAAAAACAAAAACUAUCUUAAAUACCAUGCCCUUGAGUCAUGUGCGCCCUUGUUGGCUUGCAUGAUUCACCUUAUCCAAACCAUUGCUAUAUUGGUUUGUGCAAAUGACUGGACAUGUAUUUUUAAAAGGUGAACUGCACGAGUUCCCAAGCUUGGUUGUUGUGUAUAUUUGCAGUUGUUGCAGUACAUAUGUAUUAAAAUGUGUUUUUGCUUUGUCAUUUCGUGUAUUCUUUUCUAAUUGUGAAAAGCAUCAUGAGUUAAGAUUUAAGUGUUAUCAUGGUCAUCAUAAUAUCAUAGGUAGUAAAAUAUAUUUUGUCUGUAAAAAGAAUUGACCAGUAUUGAUCAUGUAUAUAUGCAUGUAGCCUUUACUUAUUACUUCACUACCAGUAUAUCACUCAUGUAUAUACCCAUAUAUCUUUUAAAAACUAAAAAAUAACUGAGCAGAAUGUUCAGUGGAAAAAAUAUAAAAAUCUCUCUCUUGAAUACUUUGCCCUUGAGUCAUGUGUGCCCUUGUUGGUUUACAUGAUUCACCUAAUCCAAACCAUUGCUAUUAUGGUUAGUGCAAGUGACUGGGAAAGUUUUUUUUAUGUGAGGAACUACAUGAGUUCCUACAUAUGUUUUUUGGCUCAGCAAUCUGAUGCAAUAUGAUCAACUAAUGCUGUAUUAUCAUUGUUAUCAUGAAUGUACUUUAAUUAUAGUCUAGCAUUUUAUCUGGUAAUAUAUAAUUAUAUUUCGGCAAUUAGUGCAUUGUAUUAUAUAUCCUUGUGUGAAAUUUUGUGAUUGAUAUGAUAUAUGGAAAAAAGUUCUAGGUUUUUUUUGUAGUUUUAGUCAGAUUCCCUUUCUUAAUCUUUUGAUUGGGAAUCAAUAUUCCUACUUCAUGAUAAUUAUACUAUAUCGUACGUAUAGUCGUCUAAUCAUUAUGAAUCUAUAUUCCAAAAACACAAAAAACUCGUCAGAAAAAAAAACAAAUUCGGUUUUUAAAUAUAUUGCCCUUGAGUCAUCUGCGCCCUUGUUGGUGUACAUGAUUCACCUAAUCCAAAUCUUUGCUAUUUUGGUUUGUGCAACUGACUGGGCGAUUAUUUCUAAGGGGGAACUACAUGAGUUCCCAGGUUGUAGUGGUUGGUGUACAAAAUUUAUAUUUUUUAGUUGUGGUCGUACCUGUAUCGGUUGUACAUGACACAUGUACAUGUACUAUAAAAAUGACUGCUAUUGUGUAAUUUUCAUAUUCUUUUUGUUUCAUUUGUGUGUCAAUAAUGGAGAGUUUAGUGUAACAGUCCAUAUUUCUUUUGAGAGUAGGAUUUUUUAACUGUAUGUUAGAUUGUAGGUGCCGAUUUAAGUUUCCGGGUUGUAUACAUUUUUUAAAGGAGCUUAAAAAAUCUGUAGAGUAGGCCUGUAUCGGUAAUGUCUCUAUACUUGUUUAUUGUACCUAGAGCUUCAUUAUAGUAACUUGUAGUGUACGCAUAGAAAGAUUUUUUAAACCUGAGCAGAAUGCUCAGUAAAAAACAAAAACUAUCUUAAAUACCAUGCCCUUGAGUCAUGUGCGCCCUUGUUGGCUUGCAUGAUUCACCUAAUCCAAACCAUUGCUAUAUUGGUUUGUGCAAAUGACUGGACAUGUAUUUUUAAAAGGUGAACUGCACGAGUUCCCAAGCUUGGUUGUUGUGUAUAUUUGCAGUUGUUGCAGUACAUAUGUAUUAAAAUGUGUUUUUGCUUUGUCAUUUCGUGUAUUCUUUUCUAAUUGUGAAAAGCAUCAUGAGUUAAGAUUUAAGUGUUAUCAUGGUCAUCAUAAUAUCAUAGGUAGUAAAAUAUUUUUUGUCUGUAAAAAGAAUUGACCAGUAUUGAUCAUGUAUAUAUGCAUGUAGCCUUUACUUAUUACUUCACUACCAGUAUAUCACUCAUGUAUAUACCCAUAUAUCUUUUAAAAACUAAAAAAUAACUGAGCAGAAUGUUCAGUGGAAAAAAUAUAAAAAUCUCUCUCGUGAAUACUUUGCCCUUGAGUCAUGUGUGCCCUUGUUGGUUUACAUGAUUCACCUAAUCCAAACCAUUGCUAUUAUGGUUAGUGCAAGUGACUGGGAAAGUUUUUUUUAUGUGAGGAACUACAUGAGUUCCUACAUAUGUUUUUUGGCUCAGCAAUCUGAUGCAAUAUGAUCAACUAAUGCUGUAUUAUCAUUGUUAUCAUGAAUGUACUUUAAUUAUAGUCUAGCAUUUCAUCUGGUAAUAUAUAAUUAUAUUUCGGCAAUUAGUGCAUUGUAUUAUAUAUCCUUGUGUGAAAUUUUGUGAUUGAUAUGAUAUAUGGAAAAAAGUUCUAGGUUUUUUUUGUAGUUUUAGUCAGAUUCCCUUUCUUAAUCUUUUGAUUGGGAAUCAAUAUUCCUACUUCAUGAAAAUUAUACUAUAUCGUACGUAUAGUCGUCUAAUCAUUAUGAAUCUAUAUUCCAAAAACACAAAAAACUCGUCAGAAAAAAAAACAAAUUCGGUUUUUAAAUAUAUUGCCCUUGAGUCAUCUGCGCCCUUGUUGGUGUACAUGAUUCACCUAAUCCAAAUCUUUGCUAUUUUGGUUUGUGCAACUGACUGGGCGAUUAUUUCUAAGGGGGAACUACAUGAGUUCCCAGGUUGUAGUGGUUGGUGUACAAAAUUUAUAUUUUUUAGUUGUGGUCGUACCUGUAUCGGUCGUACAUGACACAUGUACAUGUACUAUAAAAAUGACUGCUAUUGUGUAAUUUUCAUAUUCUUUCUGUUUCAUUUGUGUGUCAAUAAUGGAGAGUUUAGUGUAACAGUCCAUAUUUCUUUUGAGAGUAGGAUUUUUUAACUGUAUGUUAGAUUGUAGGUGCCGAUUUAAGUUUCCGGGUUGUAUACAUUUUUUAAAGGAGCUUAAAAAAUCUGUAGAGUAGGCCUGUAUCGGUAAUGUCUCUAUACUUGUUUAUUGUACCUAGAGCUUCAUUAUAGUAACUUGUAGUGUACGCAUAGAAAGAUUUUUUAAACCUGAGCAGAAUGCUCAGUAAAAAACAAAAACUAUCUUAAAUACCAUGCCCUUGAGUCAUGUGCGCCCUUGUUGGCUUGCAUGAUUCACCUUAUCCAAACCAUUGCUAUAUUGGUUUGUGCAAAUGACUGGACAUGUAUUUUUAAAAGGUGAACUGCACGAGUUCCCAAGCUUGGUUGUUGUGUAUAUUUGCAGUUGUUGCAGUACAUAUGUAUUAAAAUGUGUUUUUGCUUUGUCAUUUCGUGUAUUCUUUUCUAAUUGUGAAAAGCAUCAUGAGUUAAGAUUUAAGUGUUAUCAUGGUCAUCAUAAUAUCAUAGGUAGUAAAAUAUAUUUUGUCUGUAAAAAGAAUUGACCAGUAUUGAUCAUGUAUAUAUGCAUGUAGCCUUUACUUAUUACUUCACUACCAGUAUAUCACUCAUGUAUAUACCCAUAUAUCUUUUAAAAACUAAAAAAUAACUGAGCAGAAUGUUCAGUGGAAAAAAUAUAAAAAUCUCUCUCUUGAAUACUUUGCCCUUGAGUCAUGUGUGCCCUUGUUGGUUUACAUGAUUCACCUAAUCCAAACCAUUGCUAUUAUGGUUAGUGCAAGUGACUGGGAAAGUUUUUUUUAUGUGAGGAACUACAUGAGUUCCUACAUAUGUUUUUUGGCUCAGCAAUCUGAUGCAAUAUGAUCAACUAAUGCUGUAUUAUCAUUGUUAUCAUGAAUGUACUUUAAUUAUAGUCUAGCAUUUCAUCUGGUAAUAUAUAAUUAUAUUUCGGCAAUUAGUGCAUUGUAUUAUAUAUCCUUGUGUGAAAUUUUGUGAUUGAUAUGAUAUAUGGAAAAAAGUUCUAGGUUUUUUUUGUAGUUAUAGUCAGAUUCCCUUUCUUAAUCUUUUGAUUGGGAAUCAAUAUUCCUACUUUAUGAUAAUUAUACUAUAUCGUACAUAUAGUCGUCUAAUCAUUAUGAAUCUAUAUUCCAAAAACACAAGAAACUCGUCAGAAAAAAAAACAAAUUCGGUUUUUAAAUAUAUUGCCCUUGAGUCAUCUGCGCCCUUGUUGGUGUACAUGAUUCACCUAAUCCAAAUCUUUGCUAUUUUGGUUUGUGCAACUGACUGGGCGAUUAUUUCUAAGGGGGAACUACAUGAAUUCCCAGGUUGUAGUGGUUGGUGUACAAAAUUUAUAUUUUUUAGUUGUGGUCGUACCUGUAUCGGUCGUACAUGACACAUGUACAUGUACUAUAAAAAUGACUGCUAUUGUGUAAUUUUCAUAUUCUUUCUGUUUCAUUUGUGUGUCAAUAAUGGAGAGUUUAGUGUAACAGUCCAUAUUUCUUUUGAGAGUAGGAUUUUUUAACUGUAUGUUAGAUUGUAGGUGCCGAUUUAAGUUUCCGGGUUGUAUACAUUUUUUAAUGGAGCUUAAAAAAUCUGUAGAGUAGGCCUGUAUCGGUAAUGUCUCUAUACUUGUUUAUUGUACCUAGAGCUUCAUUAUAGUAACUUGUAGUGUACGCAUAGAAAGAUUUUUUAAACCUGAGCAGAAUGCUCAGUAAAAAACAAAAACUAUCUUAAAUACCAUGCCCUUGAGUCAUGUGCGCCCUUGUUGGCAUGCAUGAUUCACCUAAUCCAAACCAUUAUGGUUUGUGCAAAUGACUGGACAUGUAUUUUUAAAAGGUGAACUGCACGAGUUCCCAAGCUUGGUUGUUGUGUAUAUUUGCAGUUGUUGCAGUACAUAUGUAUUAAAAUGUGUUUUUGCUUUGUCAUUUCGUGUAUUCUUUUCUAAUUGUGAAAAUCAUCAUGAGUAAAGAUUUAAGUGUUAUCAUGGUCAUCAUAAUAUCAUAGGUAGUAAUAUAUAUAUAUGUAGCCUUUACUUAUUACUUCACUACCAGUAUAUCACUCAUGUAUAUACCCAUAUAUCUUUUAAAAACUAAAAAAUAACUGAGCAGAUUGUUCAGUGGGAAAAAAACAAUAAUCUCUGUCUUAAAUACUUUGCCCUUGAGUCACACCCUUGUUGGUGUACAUGAUUCACCUAAUCCAAACCAUUGUUACUUUGGUUUGUGAAAGUGACUGGGCAAGCAUUUCUAGGGGGAACUACACGAGUUCCUAAGUUGUAGUGGUUGUAUGUGAUUGUGGCAGUUCAUGGUUCAUGUGCUAAAAUUUGGAUUUAUUUGUUGUCAUUUCCUUGUUGUUAAUGCACCAUUGGAGAAGACUUGAGCUUUAUCAUAAUAGACACCAUAAUAACAUAUAUUUAAUAUAAUAUUUUAUCACUAAAAAGGAGAAGAGACCCAUAUUCAUUAUAUUAACCAUGUAUACAUGCUUAUAUAUUUUCCUUAGUACUUCAUUUAGUAACUUGUUAUUUGUACGAGUAUAUCUCUCAUGUACACCACAUAAUUAUAUCGUUUAAAAAUAAAAACCCUGAGCAAACUGUU